CUCUAUACACCAUACUUGUCUGAACAUGUCAGUUGCUGAAGCUAACAGGCCGUCCCCUUCCAGCUACGACCAGAAGAGCUCUUCUUCUUCAUGGAGGAACAGCAGCUCCUCCCUUCCUUCCCACCACGACAAGCAUAAAUUAGAGGAAAGUGAUGAAGAUCUGUUUACGGUUCCCGACGUUGAAGCAGUUCGGCCCAGCGACUCCACCAGGACCACAACUGACGUCCAACAUGGUAAUAGCUCUACCCCUCUUCCCUCCAAGCGUCGCAGGGGUCGGAAUCCCGCUGAUCGGGAGCACCGACGCCUAAAGAGGUUGUUGAGGAACAGGGUCUCAGCUCAGCAAGCCCGAGAAAGAAAGAAAAUAUAUGUCAAUGAUCUAGAAUCAAAAGCCAAAGAGCUCCAGGACAUGAAUUCUGAAAUGGAGGAGAAGAUUUCAACUCUGACCAAUGAAAAUGCCAUGCUUCGGAAGGUCCUCAUGAACACCAGGCCAAAAGUUGAUGAAAGUAUUGAGCCGAAACAUGAUCAGGUGGGGAAGAGCUGACUAGCAUUCUUCAUGUUUAUAUUAAAGUUUAUGGAGUUAUCUUUUGUGGCAGACCUCUAUGGUUAAAAUGUUCUUAAUGGACUGCCAGUCCCUAUCAUACAUGUCAUAUGCUUGAAUACGACUCAGAUAAUUUGAUUUGGCAUCAAAAGUAAUGUUAUAAAAUUUAUGGUAAUAGCAUUAGGUUUUGCAGUUGCUACCGUA